CAUUACCAUUUGUCACCACAGUGGUACCCAAAAUGGUGUCGGUGUUACAAGACCGGAUUCUGGAAUUCCACCCAGACACACUGGAAUAUGCUAGGAGGGACGUGAAUUUGGAGAAGCAAGGAAGAAUUGAAGAAGCCGUGGAUAUUUUGGAUGAUUGGGUGAAAAAGCAGAGGCAUUUUGUGAAGAAAGAUUUUUCACGAGAUUAUUUAGAAAGAACUCUAAUAAGUGCCAAAGGGAUGGUAGAGCGAGCAAAACAAAGAAUAGACAAAUUAUGCACUUUCAAAACAUUGAUGCCUGAAUUGUAUCCUAAAACAGUUGUCAAGGACGACUUUGCUGUUCUUGAUAAUUAUGUGCGCUAUGCUCUUCUUCCAAAGAUGUCGAAGGAACACUAUAGGGUGUCUAUCUUCAACGUUAAGUCUGACGAUUACACAUCAGCACAUGUUCACAUCUUCUACAAAUAUGUCGUUGUGCUAAAUGAAUACGUAAGACUGCGAGAUUACAACUGUGGCUACGUUAUUGUAAUGGACUUCAGAGAUGUCAACAUACUGAACUUUAUGACCAAAUGCACUCCCCUUGAACUUCGCCAAAUCAUUACUAUAAUGACGGAAGGCUACGGAAUGAGGAUCAAACAAAUACAUAUAGUAAGCACAUCGAAAAUGGUGGAUACACUACUUGGCUUCCUAAAGCAGGCUUUGAGUACCAAACUGGCUGGCAGAAUACAUUUACACAAAGAUAAUGAAACUUUGUUGGAUUUCUUUCCAAAGGAAAUAAUACCUAAAGAGUAUGGAGGUGAGGAGAGGUCGGUGCAAACUCUAAAUGAUGAAUGGCGCGAAGCCGUGACUUCCAAAGACUUCGUGGAUUAUUUCGAAGAGAUGUACCAAGCGAAGACUGAUGAAUCUUGCAGACAGGCCAACAACUUCAAUGAACAGUAUAUCGGCAUGCCUGGGUCUUUUAGAGCUUUGAGCGUAGAUUAGGAAGUCUAAGUGUUGACUUCGAUAACCUAUCUGCGCUACUUAAAAAAAUUUAAGCGUAUUAUUUCAAGGUCGAUUUUUUUGAAUGAUUUUCAUGAUGCUGUGUCUCAGAGGAAAAUGCAGCUAGGUUCAAGUUCUAGUUUCUGUACUUUUUUUCGUUUCUUUUUCAGUUAUUAUAAAACUAAAGAUUUACGAAAAUAUUCAGCUUCAAGCAUGAAAAAAAAAACGUUAGUUUUUGUGAG